AUGAUGACUACUCCAGAAGCUGUCAAGAAAAAGCAAAAUUAUACUAGUGUGCAUGAGGCAGUGAAAGCUGGUGAUGUAGAACAGCUUGCAUCAAUGAUAAAAAGUGGAGCCGGUAUUAAUGAGGUGGAUUUAGUCCACAAAUUCACACCGUUGCACUGUGCUGCACACUCUGGAAGUCUGGAGUGCCUUCACUGGUUGCUCUGGCAUGGAGCCGAUACAACACAUGUAACUGUCAGAGGCUGGACAGCAGCUCACCUUGCGGCUCUCCGAGGUCAGGAUGCUUGCAUGCAGGCUCUGUUAAUAAAUGGAGCAAACGCAGAAGCUCAAGAUGAUCGUGGGUGCACUCCGUCCCACUUAGCUGCAGCCCAUGGGCAGUCUUACACCUUACAAACCAUACUGCGAAGCGGAGCGAAUGUAAAUGUUUCAGACAGGAAUGACUGGAAGCCUGUUCAUUAUGCUGCUUUUCAUGGUCGCUUGGGGUGUUUGCAGCUUCUUGUUAGAUGGGGAGCCUGUAUAGAUGAUGUGGAUAAAAAUGGAAACCUUCCAGCUCAUCUGGCAGCAAUGGAGGGACACUUGCAUUGCUUUAAGUUCUUGGUCAGUAAAAUGGCCAGUGUCACGCACACACUGAAAGCCAGGAAUGACCAAGGAGAGACUCCAAGGGACUUGGCUGAACGGUUCUAUAAAGAUAAUAUUCUGCAAUAUAUUGACAGUGUGGAAAAAGAGGAGGAGCAUCCAGAGACACGGGAAGUUUUAGCUUUCCCAGCCCAUGGCGCUGCUUUCAAAGGGGACUUGUUAGUGCUUAGAAGAUUAGUGAGAAGUGGAGUAAUCAAUAUUAAUGAGCGGGAUGAUAAGGGAUCCACUCUCAUGCACAAAGCUGCUGGACAGGGGCAUAUCCAUUGCUUACAGUGGUUGAUUGAAAUGGGAGCUGACUGUGACAUUACGAAUGAUGCUGGAGAGACUCCGAAGGAUGUAGCCAAAAGAUUUGCCCAACUGGCAGCUGUGGAACUUUUGACACAAAGAAGUGGAGACAGUAACUCUAGUGAUGAAGAACUAGAUGCAAACAACAUAAAGUUUUUUGAAAGGCAUGGUGUGGAAGGGAGUACAGAUAGCAAAGAAGAUUUAACCCUGGAUAAAGCAGAGAAGAGGAAUGCACGCAUAAGGGCCUAUCGCAAGAUUGAAGAACUUCAGCAGCUUCUAGAAAUUGCCUACAGCAACUACAGACAGCUGGGAGGAAUAACGGAAGAGGAGAAGAAGAUGAAAAAAGAAGAAAGGAAAGUUGAGAAGGCGGUGAGGGAGCUGGAGGCCCAGCUGGAAUAUGAGCGAGUCAGGCGGGAGAAGCUGGAGAGCCAGCUGGAUGACUACCGUGCUGAGAUAAGCCACCUCAGAGAGUGCCUGGAGAAAACCCACGUCCCCCCUGCUCUCCCCCCGGAAGCUGAGACCAUCUCCAAGUCUUGCGAAGAGAAAAAGAAAGUAAAGAAGAAACCGGCCUCCAGCCCGGGAGGAGUGUUUGUGAGGCUGCGCUGA